CCAUUUUCCCGAGACGAUGGGAGCGAUGCAUGGAGCAUCGUGAUCGGCCUGUCGAGUCGACGCCAUGGCGACGCAGCCGCGCCCAAGAUGUGGGAUGGGUGGUCGUCCCUCGGUUUUGGGGCGCAGGUAUAGACGACAAAUAUUUUCAGCAGCGUCCGCGCAUCGGAUUGGCUGCACUUAUGCUUCUUCGCGUUUGAUUGGUGGAAAUGCUCCGGCCCGCGGAAGGUUGGGUUUAAUUGCUUUGCAUGUCAAGGUAGACAUCGCAAGCAGCCCUACACGUCGCUACUACCGCAGAAGACGUCGUAUCUGAAGCAAGAUGACGGCCCCCGCGUUCCAUGCCCCCCCGCUCUCGGCGUUCUUCCGGAAGGAGGAAGAGCUCCUCGUGACGCAUGGCCUCGCGGACGUGCACACGCCCGCCAUGUUCCACCACUGGUUCGAGAUCGGCGAGCUUAUCGGACGAGGCAGCGUCUCCAUGGUGUACGCCUGCCGCCACAAGACCUCCAACGAGCAGUUCGCCGUCAAGGUCAUCAACAAGCAGCUCUGCCUGAAGAAGAAGAGCCUCCGCGACGAGAUCGCGGUCCUGAUGCGAGUGAAGCAUCCCAACAUCAUUAGCCUCGAGGCGGUCUAUGAGAGCGACACGGAGCUCUACCUCGUCAUGGAGCGGGCGACGGGCGGCGAGCUCUUUGACCGCAUCGUCCAAGUCGGUGUCUACUCGGAGCGCCAAGCGACCGAGAUCGUCGCGAACCUCCUCCUCGCGAUCGAGUACCUCCACGACCACAACAUCUUGCAUCGGGACAUCAAGCCCGAGAACCUCCUCUUGGCGACGAGCGACAGCCGCCAUGACAUCAAGAUCAGCGACUUUGGUAUCGCCAAAAUCCUCGAAGACGAAGACGACGAUAUGACCGGGUACGGUCGUGCCAACGUCCGCGGCCGCGCGUACACGAGCUGCGGCACCGACUACUACGUCGCGCCAGAGGUGCUCAACGACAAUGGCUACGACAGCAAGGUGGACCUCUGGAGCCUCGGCGUCGUCGUGUACAUCAUGCUCUGCGGGUUCCCGCCGUUCACCGAGGACGAGACGGGCAUGGAGUCGGUGUACCGGAAGAUCACGUCGGGCAUCCUCGAGUUCCCCGACCCGUACUGGACCAACGUCUCGGAGCUCGCCAAGUCGUUCUUGCGCAACCUCCUCAACGUCGACCCGGUCCAGCGCUUUAGCGCCGAGCAAGCGCUCGAGCACCCGUGGAUCCGCGCGCGCACCAUGUCGGCGAGCCAAGAACCGCUCGACUCGGCAAUACACGAGAUGCGCCGCUUCAACCAGAAGCGUCGGUUCAGCUAGGCUGCGUUGAUUGGAUUGUCGUGUUUGAGAAUAUACAUUUACCCGGCCUCGCGUAGCCACUCGAACACUUGUCGCCGCAUGGCC